GGAGAAGGCGCUUCCCCUGUACCUGGCCUGGGCUACAGUUGCUUUGUGUUGGGUGUCAUCUCCGAGUCUCCGACGGACGCGAAAGAAUCGCGUCAUCUGCUGGGCCAUACGCUUCUUCUCUGAGCUGAGAAACAAACUGACUCCGGCCGAAUGCUCCCGCUCCGCCGCCUACCACCGCUCCCACUGCCGCUGCCACGUGGUCCCGCACCCCGCCGCCCCCUGGCUGCUGCGGCCUCCGCCUCGCCGCUCCCAUGGCCGGGCCUCCACGCCUGGCGCGGGUUGCCGCCCAGCAACCUCCGCACCUGGGGCCCGAAUGGCCCCUGCGCCUCCGACGCCGACGAGGCGUGCCCGCCCGAAGCUGACGCCAGCGCCGGCUCAUCGCUGGCGGAGAUGGGGGCCCUCGUGCUGUCCACCGCCGACCCCAUCGCCAAGGCGCGGCUCACCCACGCCGCCUUCUCCCGGUGGACCACCAGGCUCCCCGUGGGCCAGGCCAGGGCGCCGGACCACCCCGCCAGGCCCGACAAGCCCGUCGUGGUGACGCAGAAGGAAAUCACCACGCACAAGGAGAUGGGGGUGCCGCUGAACGCAUACAUGCUGCACAACCUGGCGCACGUCGAGCUCAACGCCAUCGACCUCGCCUGGGACACCGUCGUGCGGUUCUCGCCGCUCCGGGACACGCUGGGGGACGGAUUCUUCGCGGAUUUCGCGCGUGUGGCCGAUGACGAGAGCCGGCAUUUCCGGUGGUACUCGCAGCGGCUCGCUGAGCUUGGUUUCAGCUACGGUGAUAUGCCUGUUCACAAUCUUCUGUGGAGGGAGUGUGCAAAGUCCUCAAGUGAUGUUUCUGCACGAAUGGCUGUGAUUCCUUUGGUUCAGGAAGCCAGAGGCCUUGAUGCUGGACCAAGGUUAGUGCAAAAGUUAUUUGGUUUUGGGGAUCAUCGAUCUGCUGACAUUGUGGCAAAAGUGGUGGAAGAAGAGCUUGCACACGUCUCUGUAGGUUUAUAUUGGUUCCUGGAAGUAUGCCAAAUGAUGGGUCGUGUCCCUGGUGAUACUUUUAAAGACUUGAUAACGGAGUAUGAUGUUGUAUUGAAGGGUCCAUUUAACUAUCCGGCUCGUGAUGAAGCUGGUAUACCUCGAGAAUGGUAUGAUGAGAAGUUUAAACAGGAAGCUGCACAAAAACUUUCAGAGGUGCAUGAUAGGUUAGCUUCUAUUGUUGAGAUGGAGCAAGAGAAUGCGAACUUGAAUGGGCUAAGUCUGGAUUGAUGAAUACAUGGGCAACUCAGUAGGCUGGUUGGGCUGUGAUGUUAUUGCUUGCCAAGUUGCUCCCCAUUGAUUCCAUGAGGCAGCAGAUAGAUAAGCCCUGUGCAGUUACCAUCAGAAUGUCAUCUUUAAAAGUCGCUGCUGUCAAGUGGGAACCAGGCAUUGUACGCCGGAACUGUGUGGUGAAGAAGAUGAAGCAAGCAGGGUGUUUUUGUAUAGACCGUCCAUUUCUUUAGUUUGCUCCUAGUUUGUAUCUGCUGAAUGAUCAUUACUGUUAGCCGUGAUGGUUAUCUGAUCCCGCAUCACCAUCGCGAAGCUCCUUUUACCAUCUUGAUCGCUCCAGCACGUACGUUCAUGUAACGGAAGAUUCUUAUCAUUUCUAUCUUUUAACUUGUGUUGACUGAGCAA